AUUAUCAGAACUAUACAUAUGACAAAAUAUAUUUGUUUAUAUUAUUAUUUGACAAAUUGAAGUUACAUUUUGAGAUAGUGAUCUGUAUAAAACAAUUGAGACUGGUGAUUUUUUACUGGAAAAGUACUUACCAAAAAUAUCAUGAGUUUUCUCAAAUUAGUUGAUUAUGAUAAUUCAUCUGAUGAAUCAGAUGAAGAUGAUUCAACUAAUGAAGUUUUGACAAGAAAUGAUAUCAACAUUGCACCAAAUGUGCAGAAUCCACAACCAAUAUCUGAAAUAUCGACUGAAUCAGAAUCUGAAGAAUCUGUUAUAAGCGUAAAAAUUGAAUCAGAUGAAAAACCACUGGCUUAUAGGGAACGAGCUGUAUCUGAAAGUGAUUCUUCCUCCAGUGAUGACUCAGAUGAUCCAGAAAUUUAUUGCCAAAUAGUUGAAAAACAUGAAUCUUUAGAAAUACCUAAAGCAAAAGGAGAAUUAUCUGUCAGUGAUCUUCCGCCAAUAGAAGAUUUAUUUAUUUCAGUAAAACAAGAAGAAUCAGCAGUUUUAGGCACAAUUCAAUCUAUAGUUGAACAACUGGUUGUCGUACAAUCUUUGCCUGGUAUUUCUGCAGUUGACAUUGAUAGUGUCUUAUUUUUAGAUGAAGGCAAAAGAGCUCUUGGUAAAGUUUUUGACAUUAUAGGACCAGUAUCAGCGCCUCUAUAUUGCGUUCGUUUUAAUUCUAAAGAACAUAUUGAACAAAAAGAUGUUUGCAUAGGAGCUACUGUUUAUUAUGCACCUAAGACAGAACACACAUCAUUUAUUUUCUUACCAGAUUUGAUAAAACAUAAAGGAUCAGAUGCCAGUUGGAUAGAUGAUAUAGAACCUCCAGAAAAACAUUUAGAUUACUCUGAUGAUGAGCAGGAGCGUGCAGCACGAAAUGCUAAAAAGAGAACACAUGAAGAAAGUGCAAAUAGUUCAAAUCAUACUCAAGAUAAAGAUCAGCAGAGAAAGACUCCAACAAAUAAAAAUAAAAAUAAAAGUAAAGGAUCAUAUCAAAGGAAUCACAGUUUUCCAAUGCAUCCUUCUCAUGCUCAAUCUAAUCGCCAGCAGUUUAAUAAUCAAGCUUUUAAUACAAGGCCAAAUAUAGUGCCUAAUAUAAUAUAUCCGCCAUUUCCAAAUAUAGGUCAACCGUCCUCGGUUCCCUACCAACCAGUUUUUAAUAAUUAUUUACAAGGUCCUUCCAAUAAUCAUAUGAUGCCACAAAAUAUGUGGUAUGGGAGUAACAUAAUACAAAAUCCAACAAUGCAUGGUCAUUUUGUUCCAUAUCCAGUGCCAAGGCAUCCUCCUCCACCACCUCCUGGCACAUAAGGAAAAUAAA